AUGGCUGAUCCCAUUUCUCCGCCUUCUUCUCCCUUGAAGGAGUCCAACACGACCUCCUCCAGCACCACCAGUGACAAGCCCUCGUCCCAUCCACCGGUUACCGCCCAAAACAAACUUACUUUUGCUGAACGAAAGAUGAACCGUCGCCCUUCAACUGCUCCCACCCCCAUAAUCGAGGGGGAUCGUGGUCUGACGAGAGACGUGCACCGCUCUCUCCCAGGCGACCCUCGCAACAACCGAAAGUCCAAGACACCUGCCGAUUUGGCGAAGCGUAGGAGCUCUUACUAUGAAGAGGCAUUCCAAUACGACAGAGAGUCCAACUUGAGUAAGGACCGAGUCCUCAACGAGGCCGUCGUGAUGACCGACUUGCGCACCAAUGUGAUUAUCAACGACGAGUUCAGCUUCAUCACAGACUUUUCUUACCAGCUAUCGGUCAGAUAUCAGCGACCGGUGUCUUCGAUCGUGGUCAACUUGCAACAUGGGGCUUGCAUGCUAUUUGGAGGCACCUUCGAGCCAGCGUAUACGAUGUCUAUCCAUGCACUUCCCCUUGAGGUUGGCAUAGCCAAGAACAAGAGGAACUCGGCUUUGCUACAGAAGCAUCUUCAAGAAGCCCUUGGCGUCCCGCCAGCUCGUGGGUACGUCAAGUUCGUCGAGGUGCCUGCUGAUUGCAUGGCUAUCAACGGCAAGACCACUGCCUCUCAGAUUUCCGAGGUAACUGGCGAAGACGAGGAGACUAUUGCUGAACGCCGCGCUCGCAACCGCAAGAGUCUCGGCACCAAGUCCAUGUCGGCAUUGCGUCACGGAUCCAUUGUCGGAACUAAGAGGGGUUCAGUAUUCGACUUCCGUAGGGAAUCUGUCGCCUCUCCACGAAAGGAUGCUGCUCAGCAGGAGCUCACUCCUCCGCAUAGCGCCACGGAUGCGCCCCUCGUCCCCCCUAUUCCCGAGACCUACGCCGUCAACAGCACCUCCAGCGAGAAGGAUACACCUUUCAAGGAAGUUGAGAAGGCUCCCACCAAUACCUACGGGGAGUAUAUGAAGAAGAGCAAACCGACCAAGCGCAAGGGCAACUUCGUCUCGUCGCUAUUUUCUCGUUCCCCUAGGAACGACGCCAUACAACUGUAA